CCUCGUCCUCGCCUAGCCUGAGUGGCCGCAACCUUGGGGGACAGACAGGGCAGGUCGGGAUCAAGGAAGAGGAGGGAGAGACAGAACGAGGGACAGGCGAGAGGUCCCCACUGCCGCCGCCACCGCCUCUGCUGCCGCUGCCGCUGCCGCCGCCGCCACCACCACCACCGUGACCUGCCGCCCGGGGCCUGCCCCCCUCACCCCCCACAGAAAUCAGCGGGUCGCUGGACACUGGGCUCCGGUCCUGGCCCCCACACAACUCCCCCCACAGAACAGGGUCAUGAGAAGAGGCCGCCCGGCGGAGCCCGCAGGCGAUGCGCGGCGCCGGUGGCCCCCGCGGCCCUCGGGGCCCCGCUAAGAUGCUGCUGCUGCUGGCCCUGGCCUGCGCCAGCCCGUUCCCGGAGGAGGCGCCGGGGCCGGGCGUGGCCGGCGGGCCCGGCGGGGUCCCCGGCGGGGCGCGGCCGCUCAACGUGGCGCUGGUCUUCUCGGGGCCCGCGUACGCGGCCGAGGCGGCGCGCCUGGGGCCCGCGGUGGCGGCGGCCGUGCGCAGCCCGGGCCUGGACGUGCGGCCCGUGGCGCUGGUGCUCAACGGCUCGGACCCGCGCAGCCUCGUGCUGCAGCUCUGCGACCUGCUGUCGGGGCUGCGCGUGCACGGCGUCGUCUUCGAGGACGACUCGCGCGCGCCCGCCGUCGCGCCCAUCCUCGACUUUCUGUCGGCCCAGACCUCGCUGCCCAUCGUGGCCGUGCACGGAGGCGCCGCGCUCGUGCUCACGCCCAAGGAGAAGGGUUCCACCUUCCUGCAGCUCGGCUCCUCCACAGAGCAGCAGCUUCAAGUCAUCUUCGAGGUGCUGGAGGAGUACGACUGGACGUCCUUCGUGGCGGUCACCACGCGUGCCCCGGGCCACCGGGCCUUCCUGUCCUACAUCGAGGUGCUGACGGACGGCAGCCUGGUGGGCUGGGAGCACCGGGGCGCGCUGACGCUGGACCCCGGGGCCGGCGAGGCCGUGCUGGGCGCCCAGCUCCGCAGUGUCAGCGCGCAGAUCCGCCUGCUCUUCUGUGCCAGGGAGGAGGCCGAGCCCGUGUUCCGGGCGGCGGAGGAGGCCGGGCUCACUGGACCGGGCUACGUCUGGUUCAUGGUGGGCCCUCAGCUGGCUGGAGGCGGGGGAUCGGGGGCCCCCGGGGAGCCCCUUCUCCUGCCAGGAGGCGCCCCACUACCUGCGGGACUGUUCGCCGUGCGCUCUGCCGGCUGGCGGGAUGACCUGGCCCGGCGCGUGGCCGCCGGCGUGGCUGUCGUGGCCAGAGGCGCCCAGGCCCUGCUGCGAGACUACGGCUUCCUGCCCGAGCUUGGCCACGACUGUCGGGCCCAGAAUCGAACUCACCGAGGGGAGAGUCUGCACAGGUACUUCAUGAACAUCACCUGGGACAACCGGGAUUACUCCUUCAACGAGGAUGGCUUCCUGGUGAACCCCUCGCUGGUGGUCAUCUCCCUCACCAGAGACAGGACAUGGGAGGUGGUGGGCAGCUGGGAGCAGCAAACUCUCCGUCUCAAGUACCCGCUGUGGUCCCGCUACGGCCGCUUCCUGCAGCCCGUGGACGACACGCAGCACCUCACCGUGGCCACGCUGGAGGAGAGACCAUUCGUCAUCGUGGAACCCGCAGACCCCAUCAGCGGCACUUGCAUCAGAGAUUCGGUCCCCUGUCGGAGCCAGCUCAACCGAACCCAUAGCCCUCCACCGGACGCCCCCCGCCCAGAGAAGCGCUGCUGCAAGGGCUUCUGCAUCGACAUCCUGAAGAGGCUGGCGCACACCAUCGGCUUCAGCUACGACCUUUACCUGGUCACCAAUGGCAAGCACGGGAAGAAGAUCGAUGGGGUCUGGAAUGGCAUGAUCGGGGAGGUGUUCUACCAGCGUGCAGACAUGGCCAUCGGCUCCCUCACCAUCAAUGAGGAACGCUCAGAGAUCGUGGACUUCUCUGUGCCCUUCGUGGAGACAGGCAUUAGCGUCAUGGUGGCUCGCAGCAAUGGCACCGUGUCCCCUUCAGCCUUCCUAGAACCCUACAGCCCGGCUGUGUGGGUAAUGAUGUUCGUCAUGUGCCUCACCGUGGUCGCUGUCACCGUCUUCAUCUUCGAGUACCUCAGUCCCGUGGGCUACAACCGCAGCCUGGCCACGGGCAAGCGCCCUGGAGGCUCAACCUUCACCAUUGGGAAAUCUAUAUGGCUGCUCUGGGCCCUGGUGUUCAAUAACUCCGUGCCCGUGGAGAACCCCCGGGGGACCACCAGCAAAAUCAUGGUGCUGGUGUGGGCCUUCUUCGCUGUCAUCUUCCUCGCCAGCUACACAGCCAACCUCGCCGCCUUCAUGAUCCAGGAGGAGUACGUGGACACCGUGUCAGGGCUCAGUGACCGCAAGUUCCAGCGGCCUCAGGAGCAAUACCCACCCCUGAAGUUUGGGACGGUUCCCAAUGGGUCCACGGAGAAGAACAUUCGAAGCAACUACCCCGACAUGCAUAGCUACAUGGUGCGCUACAACCAGCCCCGCGUGGAGGAGGCGCUCACGCAGCUAAAGGCAGGAAAGCUGGACGCCUUCAUCUAUGAUGCUGCGGUGCUCAACUACAUGGCCCGGAAGGAUGAAGGCUGCAAGCUGGUCACCAUCGGCUCAGGCAAAGUGUUCGCUACCACGGGCUAUGGCAUCGCCCUGCACAAGGGCUCCCGCUGGAAGCGGCCCAUCGACCUGGCCCUGCUGCAGUUCCUUGGGGACGAUGAGAUCGAGAUGCUGGAGCGGCUGUGGCUGUCUGGGAUCUGCCACAACGAUAAGAUCGAGGUGAUGAGCAGCAAGCUGGACAUCGACAACAUGGCCGGCGUGUUCUACAUGCUGCUGGUGGCCAUGGGGCUGUCGCUGCUGGUGUUCGCCUGGGAGCACCUGGUCUACUGGAGGCUGAGGCACUGCCUGGGGCCCACGCAACGCAUGGACUUCCUGCUGGCCUUCUCCAGGGGUAUGUACAGCUGCUGCAGUGCCGAGGCCGCCCCGCCGCCCGCAAAGCCCCCGCCGCCACCGCAGCCGCUGCCCAGCCCCGCGUACCCCCCGGCCCGGCCGCCGCCCGGCCCCGCGCCCUUCGUGCCCCGCGAGCGCGCCGCGGUGGACCGGUGGCGCCGGGCCAAGGGCGCGGGGCCGGGCGGCGGCGCGGGCCUGGCCGACGGCUUCCACCGCUACUACGGCCCCAUCGAGCCGCAGGGCCUGGGCCUGGGCCUGGGCGAGGCCCGCGCGGCACCCCGGGGGGCGGCCGGACGCCCCCUGUCGCCCCCGGCAGCUCAGCCCCCGCAGAAGCCGCCGCCCUCCUACUUCGCCAUCGUGCGGGACAAGGAGCCGGCCGAGCCCCCGCCGGGCGCCUUCCCGGGCUUCCCGUCCCCGCCCGCGCCCCCCGCCGCCCCCGCCGGGCCGCCGCUCUGCCGCCUGGCCUUCGAGGACGAGAGCCCCCCGGCGCCCGCGCGCUGGCCGCGCUCCGACCCCGAGAGCCAGCCGCUGCUGGGGCCCGGCAAGGCGGCGGGGGGCGCGGGCGCCGCGGGCGGGGCCGCUCCGGCCGCGCCGCCCCCGUGCCGCGCCGCGCCGCCCCCCUGCCCGUAUCUGGACCUCGAGCCGUCGCCGUCGGACUCGGAGGACUCGGAGAGCCUGGGCGGCGCCUCCCUGGGCGGCCUGGAGCCGUGGUGGUUCGCCGACUUCCCCUACCCGUACGCCGAGCGCCUCGGGCCGCCGCCGGGCCGCUACUGGUCGGUGGACAAGCUCGGGGGCUGGCGGGCGGGCAGCUGGGACUACCUGCCCCCGCGCGCCGGGCCCGCCGCCUGGCACUGCCGCCACUGCGCCAGCCUGGAGCUGCUGCCGCCGCCGCGCCAUCUCAGCUGCUCCCACGACGGCCUGGACGGCGGCUGGUGGGCGCCGCCGCCCCCGCCCUGGGCGGCCGGGCCCCCGCCCCGGCGCCGAGCCCGCUGCGGAUGCCCGCGUCCCCACCCGCACCGCCCGCGGGCCUCGCACCGGGCGCCCGCCGCCGCGCCCCACCAUCACCGGCACCGCCGCGCGGCCGGGGGCUGGGACCUCCCGCCGCCCGCGCCCACCUCGCGGUCGCUGGAGGACCUCAGCUCCUGUCCCCGGGCCGCCCCGGCGCGCAGGCUCACCGGGCCCUCCCGCCACGCGCGCCGGUGCCCGCACGCCGCCGCGCACUGGGGGCCGCCGCUGGCCGCCGCGCCACCCCACCGGAGACACCGGGGAGGGGACCUGGGCACCCGCAGGGGCUCGGCGCACUUCUCCAGCCUCGAGUCCGAGGUAUGACGCGGCCCCCACCCGGGGGACCCCACCGCCCCCUCGGUCAGGGCAGGCCACGGCCCGAGGGGGCGCGCGCGGCGCAACGUGCAAUGGACAGCACCCACGUGGGGUGGGUAGGAAAAACACGGAACUGGCCGGACCCCGCCUGGAGCAGCCUCCUGCGCCCCCUCGCAUAGGGGCAACCAUGAGCCAGAGGGGAUUUAGUGGCCCAAAUCUCAGCCACCGGGGGGGGGGGGGGGGAGAACGGAACGGGGGUCUAGGAGCCCACGCGACUUUUUAUAAAACCCGAUAAGGGCUUUUUAACGUCACCAGAUGGGCGGGAGGUGUGGGGGAUCACGCCACGCCCGCGCCACUCCCCCACUCCCCGGGCCGUGGCCCCCACAUCACUGUGCAGCUCCCCGGCCCCGGCCCUGCCUCCGGGGAAGCCCGUUUUUAACCUUUCAUCCAUCGGGACUCAAAACUGUGAGACACAUUCGCCAAACUGUGACCCCAGACCUUGGCCCCGCCACACAAAGACCCCUGACCUGACCCCAGACUGUGACUUCCGACACCUAAAAUGGUCAUCCGACCCCAGACUGUGCCCCGACCAGACUGUGACCCUUAAUGUCAACCGUGACCCCACCCCCUUUUCCUCCGUCGUUGGCUCUUCCCUUCUUUGACCUAAGACCUGUCCCCUACGGAAGCCCUGCCUCCCCGGACCCACCAUUACACCAACUUCUCUUCAGCCAGCCCCCUCCACCUCCCUAUCACCUAGACAUCAUCAAACCCUCUCCAAAGCCACCCCUUAUUUAUGACCCUUCAAUAAUGACCCAGCAGACCUCCCCCCCCCAAAAAAAAAAAGCCUCCUCCUCCCAGAUCUCCAGCCGGGUCUGGGGCUGGGAUGGGGACGGGAGGGUCUGGGAACCUACACUUAACCCAUUCCCCACUCCACAUUGCAGUGUUUGGAAUAAAUCAUGUUUUUAUGCCUCCUCAGUCCAAGCCUGAACUCCGUGUUUAUCUCUUAGCCCCCCUCAACAUCUCUGGAGGAAGCAGAAACUGAGAAAAGUCCCACAGGACAAGCGGAGGUAGAACAGACUCUGAUGGGAAGGGUGGGGGAGAAAGACCAAGGAGGUGAAGACCAGAAGAAAUCUAAGGAGAGAAGGGUCAAGAAAGGAGUAGGGAGAGACAAUAGGCAAAAUUGUUGAAGAGAGAUCCGGGAUACAAAAUAACUAAGGAUCCAGCCCAGAGUCCCCUUUCCUAUGGCUGCAGGCAGCAAAGGCUUGGCUUGCUAAAUUCCUAACAUCCUUGCUCAUAGAAGCGAGGAGAGUGUCUGAUCCACCCCAGCCAAUCUCCACGCC